AUGGAUGCCACCUCGCCCGGUGCCCCCGGCGGGGAUGCGGACGCUGCGCCCGAGAGCCUGCGCUCCAAGCUGUGGGCGGCAGUGGGGCAGAGCAAGGCUAUCCGAACCAAAGAGAUGCAGGAGUCCUGUGCCUUCUACGACUGCGUUCGCAAGGAUGCUCGGAAACUUCGGCCCGAAGUGGCAGCUCGGCUUGGGGGUCCUGGAGGCAGCAAGGUGGUGGACGUCUGCGGCGGCCACGGCGCCCUGGCGCUGCUCUUCCUGGCGCACGGCCAGGCGCAGCAGGCGACGAUCAUCGACCCGCAGCGGCCGGCGAGCCACGCCACGCUGCGUCGCUUGGGUGGUGAGGCAUGGUCUUCCUUCGUCACCGGGCCGAUUUCCUACGAUCAGCGGCCCUUGCAGCAGGCCCUGCCAGAAGUUCUCAAGGGCAAUUCCAAACGAAUGCUGGUGGUGGCCUGCCACGCAUGUCAACACUUGGCGCGUGAGAUCAUCGAUCACUGCAUGGCGCACAACACGGCCUUCGCGGUGUGCCCAUGCUGCCCCAAGGACCACCAAGGACAUCUCCAGGCGGCCGCCAAGUCGUUGGAGGUGGACUUCCCUGCAGCCAUGAUCCUGGCGGUGGCGUGGCUAAUGGGAUGGCCUGGCGAGGUCAGUUUCCGGAGAUGUCCUAAAAUGGGGGUAGCACCAAAUCAUCCAACGUUAGACCAUUGUAGUAUUGAAAGCCAUGGUGAUUUGGGGAUCCCCCUGACUUAA